AUGACAACGGACGAGGCGACAACAGAAAAUCAGGAGGCAGAGCAAGCCACGGUAUGCCGGGAAUUCUGGGAUAGCUACUUCCGCGUACAAAUUGUGCAGACUUGCAAUUUCACUACUAAGGGAGACUUGCCUCCGGUGCAUAGGACAAAGUUCUGGUCACCAAUUCCUCUCUCCUUCCUGGCAGCCAUUUCCAACCUCGUGACGUUUAUUCUUCUCAUUCAAGUUUGGCGGAUUCUAACCCAUUCUCGAGGUUCAGCGAGUGGUCAACGAAUUGCCCCGCAUCACGUGCUGUUUGCCUUGGUAUCUCGAUGGGAACGACGUCCAAAAACGAUGCACAUCGGCCUUAUUGUGUUCUGUUUCUUUGAAACAAUCUGUCACGUGGGGAUUACUGCUGGACAGGGUCUGCACCUCUAUAUAUGGGACCAGCUCACGUGCCAUCCAUUCCCAGCACCAGUUAAUGGUACGUUUACACCAACACUUACUAUUCUGCCAGUCUUGGGUAGUUUUCUUAACUGGCUGCGAGACGGCGGCAUUUGUAGUCGCAACUGGACUAUUACAAUCAUCACGCUGACUAGGGCUGAAAUUGUUAUCUGGCCCCUAGCCACUCGCACCUACCAGCGUUGUCUUCGCAGGCGUCGGAUGUUUUUCGGCUUGUUGACACUGUUCAUUCUGCUGUCCUUUCUACUUGGUGGGAUUCGCAGGAUGGACCGUGAGAUGAUGGUAUGUUACAGCAAACAGUUUCGAUCAUACUGCACAUGGGACCGUCCAUACUUGGAGAAUUUAAACUUUCAAACUGUCUACUUCAGCUUUCAGAUAAUCAUACCCUGGCUGCUCAUCCUCCUUGCUACAAUCGUAAUUGUGGUCCAUUUGAAAUCUGCAGGGAAUCCUUUAGCAAGACGUAGCAGCCAUCAAGCUUGUUCAUCUCCACGAAGGACUGCUUUUCAGCGUGCUUCCUAUUCUGUCUUCCUGCUGGCCCUCCUAUUCACCAUCUGCGAAUUUCCCACGUUUGCAAUGUUCACCUACUACAUCCUGGGGGACCCAAAUGCUGACAUGUUUGUGUGGGACACAACUGCGCUCAUAUUCCUUCAAAUUGAUUCCCUAUCGAACUUUUUUCUCCUUGUUCUAACAAUGCCAACACUUAGACGCCUUUUGCAAUGCAAAACGUGCGUUUUUCCAUGUAAAUUACUGUCAGCGAGAGGCUAA